GAUGACUACAGAGCGGGAGGGUGAGCGAGAGAGAGAGCGCAGCUGUAGACUGACUAUUGCAUGACUUAGGUCUUACCACAGAGACUCUUCCGGUGAACAAAGUGAUGCGGGUUAGAAGUGUUCAGGGUCACUAGGAAAUAAUUCAAUUAGGAGAGGAACAGGAAGUGUUGAGCAGAGCAGAGUGAAAGACCUGGUUAAGAUGAGCCUGAACUUGUUUCUUCCUUUCCCUUUUUCACUCACUUAUUCUUCUCACUUAGCCAAGCUCAGUUUCUUUAAAUGAACUUAUCGUGCAACACUGACAUGUGUUUAGACUCAGUUUAGAGGAACUGACUUUACCCUGACUUCUGUCUGACGGCGACCGGUUGAACCGUACAGAGGAGAUAUGACAAGCAAUGGCACUGCUAAGAAGGGAGAAGAACUCAAAAUAGUUAUUGUGGGUGAUGGGGGAUGUGGGAAAACAUCCCUUCUAAUGGUCUAUGCCAAAGGAGACUUUCCAGAGGUAAGGACAGCAUGGCAUCUCUUGAAAUGUAAGAGUAUAAGAAUAAGGAAGUAAGUGUGUUUUUUAAUUUGAUUGUUUAGAUUAAGAUAAUCACCUUUUAAAAAAUAUAUAUUGAAUCAUGCAGUCAUUAUUCAUUUGUGCCCUUUUGAGGGUGACAUCACCAAGCCAUACUCAGAGGUUGGCUGUGAAACUAAAAUGUUAAGAGUAGCCUAAUGAUUUUCUCCACUCCUCUAUCAUGAAAUUAAUAUAAAAGUAUAUUGUUUAUAUAGUUAAUCUUACUAACAUUUCUUAAUACAAAUAAAACAAUUAUAUUGACAUCUCCAUUAUUGAAAGUUUUGGUCAGCAGAUUUAUGUUUAGUUCAUUAUUCAAGUUCAGACUGAAAUGCGUGUAAUGCCAAAGUUCCAGCAUAAACAUGAACCUUUUGAAUAAAUAAUUAAGCUAGGCAAAUAUAUUCCUUUUUCACUGCAUUAACUCUCCAAAACAAAAUCAUGGUAAGUGAGAAAAGAGAAGUAACACUAUUCCAAAAAUAAAUCAAAUCAAAUCAAAUUGUAUUGGCCACAUGCGCCGAAUACAACAGGUGCAGACAUUACAGUGAAAUGCUUACUUACAGCCCUUAACCAACAGUGCAUUUAUUUUUAACAAAAAAGUAAAAAUAAAACAACAACAAAAAAAGUGUUGAGAAAAAAAAGAGCAGAAGUAAAAUAAAAUAACAGUAGGGAGGCUAUAUAUACAGGGGGGUACCGGUGCAGAGUCAAUGCGCGGGGGCACCGGCUUGUUGAGGUAGUUGAAGUAAUAUGUACAUGUGGGUAGAGUUAAAGAGACUAUGCAUAAAUAAUUAACAGAGUAGCAGCAGCGUAAAAGGAUGGGGUGGGGGGGCAGUGCAAAUAGUCCGGGUAGCCAUGAUUAGCUGUUCAGGAGUCUUAUGGCUUGGGGGUAGAAGCUGUUGAGAAGUCUUUUGGACCUAGACUUGGCACUCCGGUACCGCUUGCCGUGCGGUAGCAGAGAGAACAGUCUAUGACUAGGGUGGCUGGAGUCUUUGACAAUUUCGAGGGCCUUCUUCCUUCGCCAAAGAUAAUGAUUUGUAACAUAAUUAGCGUAUUGUCCUACAAUAGAACACAACAUGUAUUCAAAAUCUAUGGCAUUGAUGUCUCAAUUAUGUGCAUUAAUAUUAUCCUGUGGAGGAAAUGCAAAAUGAUUGAAAUACGGAAUUUCUUUCUCCCUUUGUCAUUUCUGUUUAACAGAAGUAUGCUCCGUCUGUGUUUGAGAAAUAUGUCACCACAGUCACAUAUGGAGGGAAAGAGAUUAGACUCAACCUCUAUGACACAGCUGGUAAGUUCCUCUAUCCAACAAGUAUUAUUAAGUAUCUAUAGAUCUAACAGAGGGUUACGUUCCUGCACAUGGGCAGGUAUGCAGGGUGUGGGUGUGGAGUCACCUUGCCUGUCAUGCUUGAGCAGAGGUAUUCUGAUAGUAGAUCUUUGAUCAGCUAGGUGGAACAUAAAGUUAGAGAAGGAUAUAAUUGUGUCAGAGGUCAAUGCAUUCAAAACAAUGGGUUCAAAACAGAGAUUCUGAAAGGGUUUCCAUUAGAAACUAAUAUAGCCAUCAGUUUUAAAAAUAUGCUCUUGUUUUCUGGAGAAUAAGCAGUAAAAACAAACAUUGGACUAGGAGCACUGAACAUGUCUUAUGACUUUCUCUAUGACUGGCUCCUUUUUUCCAAACAAGGUGUUGUGUUGAAAUGUCAUAGUGGAUUAUUGUAGAAUACUGUCUGACUUUGUAGUUAAUCAAAUAAAAAAUAAAAAAGGUCAACUAUGAGUAUGACACAACAUAUCACAGAGAAUUACACCUGGCCCUCCUGCAGCACUGAUGCAAUGACAAGCAGCAGUUUUGCAGAAUGCUGUUGUGACAGGAUGUGGCUGAGGCUCAUCUAUAGACAGAAAUGUUGUUUAUCUGUGUUUGUCAUCUGAGUGGUCUUUGAAACUUUUACCUAGACAUUGUCAACGAAACCUCUGAUUAUCAGCUGAAGUGGCUAGAUAUUGAAUUGAAAAUCUUUGUUUUACAUUUUAGUCAUUUAGCAGACACACUUAUUUUAUUGUUCCUUACUUGCAACUCGCUUCUAGAUAAUGCCUUACUCUGUUGAAAAGUUUUUUCUUUGAUUAAGAUUGUCAAACUUGAUUUUCUGUUCUUUCAGCUCCUUGUUAUGGAUCUUGGGGUUUUAUCCAGACUCGUAGGAUACUUGGCUUCCUGAGAAAUUAGUUUCAGAAAUUACUUUAUACUUGUUCUCUAUCAAUACUGGAUAUUGCACUCCCACUCCCCUCUAGAUAUGUAAAUGACACGUAUUGACUAAUAACAGUGGCAGAAUGAUCUACUUAGGUUGUCCCUGGAACAUAGUAUCACGUCCCAGCACAGUGUCCACUAUGAGUCACCAGCUUAGCCUAACUGCUGCACCAGACACUUUAUUUUACAGGAAAUGGAAGUUGAAGCCAGGAUGUGGUUUUAUAACUCACCCCCAGCAUGGUUCUGUAUCAACUUGUUCCAUACUAGAGGUUGUUUUAGAGAAGAGCGGAACAUUUUAAUUUGACAUACUUUUGACAUUGUUAUUUUAUGAAUGUGCCUUAUUCUUUUUUUACAUUCUUGGACUGCAAGGAUAAGCCCAAUGGAUAAUAUCCUUGUUUACUAUUGUCUCUAUUUUCUUUUAAAAAGUUCACCAAACACUUACAUUGUGUAUUUCUGUGUACCUUUUUCAGGCCAAGAUGACUAUGAUCGUUUGAGGCCACUCUCCUACCAGAAUGCCAACCUGCUGUUAGUCUGUUAUGAUGUGACCAACCCCACCAGUUUUGAAAAUGUCUUAAUCAAAGUAAGCUCACUGACCAUGAUUCAUCAACGAUAUUACAUUAUGCAGUGACAGCCAAUGACAUUCAUAUUCUGCCCAACAAUAGCCAACGCUAAAGCAGCUAACCAGAGUGAAUUUGACAGGCCAGUGUGUGUUGCUAGGAUCCCAGUACAGUGCAUAAUGAACCUAACAUUAACUGAGUGUGGUUUGUACAACAAGCCCAACAUUAGUCACCACAGAGAGGUGGAAAAGGAUUGUGUGAGUUCACCUCUUAUCAGUGGUUUGACGUCAUGUCUAGGUAAGAAUUUAGUUUGAUGAAUGAUUGUUAAUGAUUGACUUUGAUAUAGUGGUGUACAUUCUUUUGACUCCCCUUGCUACAUGUGAAUCAACCACAGCACAAACUGGGACUGUGCUGGAAGCCUCCCUCAAUGAGCAGGGAAAUGUCAAUACAGAGCCAUGAAUGCAAACAGGGUGAUAAAGACAUGGGGAAUGCAGUCAGAGUGAGACAUUGUAAGCAUAAAACACCACAGCAAGGGAGGGGUGUGGUAAACACAAAAGAAAACACACCUAUUUGUAGAACCGAUACCUGGGUGUGGGAUGCAAUGGACGUGGAGCCAAACCAAACAACCUGUCUAUGGAGUAUUUUUUGAAAUCCCAAUGUGAUAUUUUGAGCUCCUUCCUUCCUACCUUGACCUCUGACCUCUACAUUCACUUUUAUGAUCUGCUGACUCACGCAGUGGUACCCGGAAGUGAACCACUUCUGUCGCGAUGUUCCUGUCAUUCUAAUUGGCUGUAAGACUGACUUGAGAAAGGAUAAGGAGCGUACCAGGAGGCUCAAAGCCAUGGACCAGGCUCCCAUUACUUAUACACAGGUGAGGAUCAACUUGUCCUCCUGAUGACAGGUUUAUCCACAUAACUUGCAGUGUGCAGCUUUGACUUUAACCAUUUCAUUUGAAUUAUGGAUCAUGACCUUCAAAUGCCUCUCAAAUGUUUGAUCCUAGUACACCUUCUCUGAUUUGCCCUGUGUAUCAGUCUCCAAUUCUGAUCCAGUACUCCCCUGUCUUCCAAUGAAUGCUCUUUGUUUGGUUCCACAGGGUGAGGAGACCAGGCGGCACAUGAGUGCUGAGCUUUAUCUGGAGUGUUCAGCCAAAUAUCGUGAAAACGUGGAGGACAUUUUCAGAGAGGCCACUAAAAAAGCCCUGGCAUCUAGCCGCAGAGCAAAACACCGUACGAAGAAGAGGCAUUGUGUCGUCCUGUGACCUCGUUCUAGUGAAAGGACAGAGGCUUGAAGUCAAUUGACACAACAGGUGACCCUGUCCCCUGGUCUUACAUGCCAAAUCUACACCAUCUGCUGCUUGUCUGUUAUAAACAACUGCUUGCCACAUCAUGGGUCAUCCUAAUUGAAUUUCAACAAGAGCCUGUCUGGAGACACCACCCCCAGCCAACUCAUGCCCUUGGGAUCUGGACAAUGAUAUUCAACACUGAACUAAUGUCUGCUAAGGUCUGCUAGGGUAGAGAUGGAAAUCCUGCUAGUUCUGUGGGCGCAAGGUCUAUCCUGGGAUUCCAGAGUGGUUUUGUUAAUGGCCAAAGUGUAAGUUGGAAUAUGAUAAAAGUAGAUUGAGAUUGUGUAUCAUAGAAUUGUGAAAUAUCCUUUUAUCAGUUACUGAAUUGCUAUUUUUACUUCUAUAAAUAAUUUGUUGUACCCAU